UUAUUGAAUAAAUUCAAUAGAAUUACUUAUAUCUUGCACUACAAUCCCAUAUACACAAUUUAUGAUAAAGUGAUUUCUAUAAAUAUCUAGUGCGUUUAUUAGUAAAGUAAAAGCUUAACCAUGUACCGACGUUUAGGAUUCCUAGUUGUGAUUUUAUUAUGGAAAUGUAUAGCAAUUUCGUGCAACAACAGUGAUAGAGUGCGAAAUUUACCGGGAGGGUUGAUCCUUGGCGCCGCAACAUCAUCGUACCAAGUGGAAGGAGCUUGGAAUGCCGAUGGAAAAUCAGUAAAUAUUUACGAUAAGAUAACUCAUACCAAUUCAUGUUAUGCAAAAGAUUGUUCCAAUGGAGAUGUUGCAUGCAACUCAUACUACAAGUACAAACGGGACGUGGAAAUGUUGCGAGAGCUUGGAUUUGAGUUUUAUAGGUUCUCACUGUCCUGGUCUAGAAUACUUCCAACAAGUUUUCCUGAUAAAAUUAAUGAAGCAGGCGUUCGAUAUUAUAAUAAUUUAAUUAAUGAGUUGCUCAAAUAUGGCAUCGAACCGGUAGUCACAUUAUUCCAUUGGGAUUUACCGCAAAAACUGCAAGAUAUGGGGGGAUGGACGAAUCCUCACAUUGUAGAUUGGUUCGGGGAUUACGCGAGAGUUGCAUUCGAUUUAUUUGGCGACAGAGUAAAAUAUUGGGUGACUAUUAAUGAGCCACAUCAGAUUUGCGUUUGGGGAUAUGGGGAUACUUUACUUGCUCCAGGCUUAAACAUAAAAGGUGUAGCAGAAUAUUUGUGUAGCAAAAAUUUACUUAUUGCUCAUGCUAGAGCGUAUCAUAUUUAUGACAAAGUCUAUCGGCCGCUCUACAAUGGUUCCAUUUUUAUAACCAUUAACGCCGAGUGGUACGAGCCAUUGAACAAACACAACACACAAGCAGCAUAUGAUUCUAAUCAGUUUGUGUGGGGACAAUAUGCACAUCCUAUAUUUUCCGCUACCGGCGACUAUCCAGAAGUUAUGAAAGAAAGAAUUGCAAAAAAAAGUAUGGAACAAGGAUUUUUAAGAUCAAGAUUGCCAAGUUUUACUCCAGAAGAAAUUGAAUAUGUGCGUGGGACGUCGGAUAUGUUUGGUCUCAAUCAUUAUUCAUCACAUUACACCUACAGAAAUGGGUCUGAAUUGAACUAUUAUGAGAGCCCUUCUUUUGACGACGAUCUCGGUGUUAUAACGUACCAGCCAUCCAAAUGGCAAAUCGGAAGAGCAAAUAUAACAAUGUUCGCACCGUGGGGUUUCUACAAUCUUCUGACCGAAAUCAGAGAGGCAUACCAAAACAUUCCUGUAUUUAUAACUGAGAACGGCUUUGGGAAUUACGGUGGCUUGAACGACGAUGAUCGAGUCACCUACUACCGCAACUAUAUAUAUGCUGUGUUAGACGCAAUUGAAGACGGAUCCAAUAUUGUAGGUUAUACAGUUUGGAGUCUUAUGGACAACUUCGACUUUUUUCUUUCUUACAGCAUAAAACUAGGAUUAUACCACGUGGAUUUCAAGGACCCAGAUCGCACGCGCACUCCACGUAAAUCUGCAUACGUCUUCAAGGAAAUCUUGCGCACACGCAGCAUCAACAUGAGUUAUGAACCUGACGUAUCCAUUCCUAUCACCAUUGACGAAGGAUACUACUAAUUGCUCCUGGCCGCUGUCGCUAAUGCGAAUUUACGUAGUCGUCAUGAAGUACGGAAAUUUCCAGAAGGUUUUUUAUUUGGUACAGCGACUGCUUCUUAUCAAGUAGAAGGGGCGUGGAACGAAGAUGGAAAAUCUGAAAAUAUCUGGGAUCGCCUAACUCAUACAAAACCAUGUACAGUAAGAGAUUGCGACACUGGUGAUAUUGCAGACAAUUCAUAUCACAUGUAUGAAAGAGAUGUUGAGAUGAUGAGAGAACUCGGUCUUGACUUUUACAGGUUCUCAAUUUCUUGGUCUAGAUUGCUUCCUACAAGUUUUCCGGAUCAAAUCAAUGAGGCUGGAGUAAAUUAUUACAAUAAUUUAAUUAAUGAGAUGCUUAAGUACAAUAUUCAACCAAUGAUUUCUAUAUACCAUUGGGAUCUCCCUCAGAAAUUACAAGAGUUGGGUGGAUGGACGAAUCCGCACAUGGUUGAUUGGUUUACAGAUUACUCGAGAAUAGUUUUUGAAUUGUUCGGAGAUCGUGUCAAAACAUGGUGGGGUCAAUACGCUCAUCCCAUAUUUUCGGAGUCCGGUGACUUCCCACCAAUUAUGAAGGAGAAGAUAGCUUCGAAAAGUGCUGCUCAAGGCUUCAUGAGGUCCAGGUUACCAGAAUUUACUGCUGAAGAAAUAGAUAUGAUUAAAGGCAGCGCAGACUUUUUUGGUAUCAAUCAUUAUACGACGAAUUUAGUUUAUAGAAAUGAAACUAUCGAAGGAUAUUUUGAAUCGCCCUCAUAUUAUGAUGAUAUUGGAGCUAUACCGUAUCAACCAAAUUAUUUUGAAGAUGAAAUGGGAUCUUCCUGGUUAAAGGUCGUGCCAUGGGGAUUUUACAAAUUGCUUACAAAAAUAAGACAAGACUAUGGAAAUCCCAUAGUAUACAUAACUGAAAAUGGUUGUUUAGGUAGAGAAGGUCUGGAAGAUAACCACCGGGUCAGAUAUUAUAAAAUGUAUUUAAAUGCCAUGCUUGACGCAAUCGACGACGGGUCCAAUGUCCAAGUUUACACUGCAUGGAGCCUUAUGGAUAAUUUUGAAUGGAUGCAAGGAUACUACGAUCGGUUUGGUCUAUAUGAAGUUGACUACACAAGCCCCGAGCGCACGCGCACGGCGCGCAAAUCUGCCUAUUUGUACAAGGAGAUAUUGAGAACAAGGGCUCUAGACAUGCACUACGAACCUGACAUGUCAGCUCCUAUCGCCAUUGAUGAGGGACAUUAA